CUCGGCCCAACUUCGGCUGUCUUCGCAAAAUUCUGUGGGGCAGCAAAAGUUCGAACUCUUGUGGUGCACUUCGCGAUGAUAAUUUCACGGCAGCCAGAUUUUCCAAUCAACCAUGCCAAAGUCCAAAGUUAGGGACUUCGAUCCCGAGUCUAUACUCGAUCCUGCGCCCUCGAGCUCAGGUGAAGAAUCCGAGUUUUCUGCCUCCGAAGACGAUAAUGCUGGCCGCGAGCACUAUGUAGACGUUGGAAAGAGUCGUCUCAGGAAGAAAGAGGUUGUUCCGCUAGGCCCUCAAUAUACAGGCAGUCGCAUCAGCCGUAAUGACGCCGAGGAUGAAGAUAGCGAUGACCCAUUCGCGAAAGGCUUCGACGACGCAGAAAGUGACGAAGAUUGUAGCGCGGAUGGCAUAGCUAUUGACGGUGGGGAAGAUGAAAGUGUAGACGGCAACUCUGAAGAGGAGGACGAAGAUGAAGACAUGGACAGCGGCGAUGCGUUUGGGACCGAGGACGAUCAGUCUGAACAAGAUUCCGAUGACGAUGGUUCUGAGGAGGGUUCCGAUGAAGAGGAUGAAGGGAAGUCUCUUCGCAAAAUGAUGGGCGAAACAAAACUGGAUGGAGAUGCAGCAGUCCGCGAGAUGCUCAAAGACUCUAAAUCAUUAGCCACCAAUAUCGCCGCCGCCGCUCAAUCAGAUGUCGCAAAGGGUAAUGCAAUCAAAGAGCAACGCAAGACUUUUGAUUCACUUCUCAACACUCGGAUUCGCCUUCAAAAAGCCUUGAUCUCAACCAACAGCAUGGUCGCAGAACCGCACAAGUCCGAGGAGGCUCCUGCCGCUUCGAUUGAAGCCGCCGAAGCUGCUGCUGUGGCUCUUUUGAACAACCUUGCGGAUCUACGGGCUUCUUUGGACGAGGCGCGGACAGGCAACAAGCGCAAGCGUACUGCCUUCACUUCCGAAACAUCAUCUACAACGAUCUGGGAUUCGAUCAAGUUAUCAGAGGCUAGUAGCUCCAAGCAUCGCAAGACGGUUGUAGAAAAGUGGUCUGCUAAAACACGCGGCAUUUCCGCCAUGCCCUCCAAGGGUCAGCUCAACGCCGGUGCACAGCAAACUCUCACCGAGGUGCUCGAUUCGCAAUUGGCGAAUUCAUCGCACCUGGUCGCUCGCACUCACAUGCCCCGCUCAUGUGCACCCCUUCAAUCAGCUUCAUCCAAGCCAGUUGCAGACCCCAAUAUCUACGACGAUGCCGACUUCUACGGUCUCAUGUUGAAAGAGUUGUUGGAGCAACGCUCCGCUGACCUUGCGUCCAAUGGAACCGCUGAAUUUGUGGUUCAAGCACCGUGGCAAGUUGCCCGGGAUGCGAAAACGAAGAAGGUGGUCGACACAAAAGCAAGCAAAGGGAGACGACUCCGGUACACUGUGCACGAGAAACUACAGAAUUUCAUGGCGCCCGAGCCACGUGAGACAUGGGGGGAGCGACAGCGGGAGGAACUGUUCAGCAGUUUGUUUGGGCAGCGGGCUGGACUGGGCGAGCAUGACGAUGUCGAAAGCGAGCAGGAGGAUGGGGCAGAUGCGGAGGAGGCAGGGUUGACGCUGUUCAGAAGCUAG